CGGACCGCAGACGGCGCCCGGCGGCGGCGCGAACGGCAGCGAGGAGAGUGACUCUGGGCUUGGAACUCACUGCGACUUCCCGCCUAGGGCCUGGCCAGACAAGGAUCCACGGCCUCAGUGGCGCUGGAGGAUGCGUCCGUGGCCCCGGGCGGCAACAGCGGGCAGCCUGGCGACCUGCAGGUCAGCAGUUGAGUAGCUGGGGCCCUGGAGGGCUUGAAGCCUUCUCAGUGAUGUCGGAGAAGCGGCCACUGGGCACCCUGGAGCCUGUGAUGUAUGGCAAGCUGCCCCGCCUAGAGACCGACUCCAGACCCAGGCAUAGCUUGCCUCCUUCUGCUGGUAACCAAGAUCUCUGCAACUACAAGGGUGCCUACUUCUCCUGCCCCAUGGGGGGUGCUCCCAAAGCAGGGUCUGAGCGGUUAGCAUCCUGGACUCCGUACCCACCCUUGUAUCCUACCAGCGUGGCAAGACCCCCACUUCGGGCAGACAACCUGUUGACCAGCUGCCUGCUCUACCGCCCACCAGCAGAAAGCUCAGAGAAGGUGCAGGACUCUGGUCCUGUUGAACUCCUGCCCUUCAGUCCCCAGGCUCAUUCUUACCCAGGCCCACCGCUGGCUGCACCCAAACCUGUCUAUCGCAGCCCUCUGUGUUAUGGGCUCUCAACUUGUCUGGGGGACGGGGCAGCGAAGAGGUCGCUGGAUGUUGACUGGACACUGGUGACUGGGUCCCUAAUACCCCCAGCUGACCCACCUUGUUCUCUGACCCUGGCUUCUGGCAAGGGCCAGUCCCUGGAUGGCACCUUCUUGCAUGGGGUGCCAACUGGGGGAUCUGGCAGAGACUCCUCAGGGAGCUUUUCCCCAUGCCAUUUUUUUCGGACCAUCCGCAGCACGGGCUUUCUGGCUUCUAAGUAUGUCGGUCCUUACUCUGGGGACUCCAAGCAGGCAUUGUCAGAGGGAUCCCCUAGUCCUUGGACCCAGCUGGCCCAGCCUCUGGGGCCAGCCUACCAGGAUACAGUACCCUCCUCCCACUAUCCACUGCCCCACCCUCCACAGGCCCUGUCUUGCCCUCCAGCCUGUCGCCACCCAGAGAAGCAGAGCAACUAUAGCUCUGUGCCCCCGCUGCAGCCUCUGGGAGUCCACAAGGGGGUUGGGUACCCAGCUGUUGGGCUGAACAGCCCCUAUCUGAGGCAGCAGGCAGCCCAGACACCCUGUAUGCCCCCAGUGGGGCUGGACACUUAUUCCUACCCCUCUGCCCCACUCCCAGCACCCUCACCAGGCCUUAAGCUGGAGCCACCUAUUGCUCCACGGUGCCCACUGGACUUUGCCCCCCAAACACUGGGCUUUCCUUAUGCCCAGGAUGACCCCUCUCUCUGUGGAGCAUCCCCAGGUCUCAGAGGAACACCUCCUUCCCAGAACAGUGUGCAGGCUAUGCCACAGCUCAGUGCCUAUCAACGGGCAUGCCAGCCUUCAUCUGCCAGCCAGCCAUGCCCAGAGCCUGUGAGGGCUGCAGAGAAGCCGGUUCAGGGAGCCGAGGAGACGAUGUGGCUGCCCAGCUGCAGGAAAGAGCAUCUCCAGCCCCAGCUCAGUGAGCACCCCGGAGCACCCAUUGUUAUAGGAGACAGUCCAGUUCCCCGUACCCCACCAGCACUUCCACCCUGUGCCCGGGAGCGCCGGUCUCUUCCACAGAAUGAGAGCAUGCUGCCACCUGGCUCUCCACCCAUGCCCAUCAUCGACAAUGUCUUCAGCCUGGCCCCCUACCGUGACUAUCUGGAUGUGCAGGCGCCUGAGGCCACAGCUGAGCUUGAUCCAGUCGCAGCCCCUGCCCCCAAGGACAGCUAUGAUCAAGACUCCAGGGGGACCUUGCCUGCUCAGGAGGCCUCUUCGAGGGUGCACUGCUCACUUAGGGAGGAGGUAGCACUGGACUUGAGUGUGAAAAAGCCUGUGGCAGAGGCUCCUAUCAAGGUGCCUAGUCCUGCAGUGCACACCAAGCCCCCUGCAGCCGUGGAUGUGCCAGGAGUGGGGAGCACAGUCUCUGGGGAGCCAGUGACCACAGAGGACUCCCCAAAGACCAACUUCCACAGCUCCGUGGCCUUUAUGUUCCGAAAAUUCAAGAUUCUCCGGCCAGCACCCUUGCCUGCAGCUGCGGUCCCAUCUGUGCCCACCUCAGCCCCUGCCUCUGCCCAGCCUGCACCCACCCCUACAUCUGUGCCCAUUGGACUGCAGAUUCUUACCCAGCCAUUGCCCAUGGCCUGCUUUGACUUGGCACUACCCAGUCCUCCAGCUGUAGCUGUGGCCACCCCAGCCCCUACUCCCACUCCAUCGCCUGCUCCGGCCCGGGCUCCAACUCCAGUUUCUACCCCUGUCACAGCAGACUCCCCAGAGCAACACUUUGCAGGACUGCAUGAGUCCCUGUGUGAUGCCAUCUCAGGCUCAGUGGCCCACUCCCCACCUGAGAAGCUGCGAGAAUGGCUUGAGAUGGCUGGGCCUUGGGGCCAAGCAGCGUGGCAGGACUGCCAGGGUGUACAAGGGCUGCUGGGCAAGCUGCUGUCCCAGUUGCAGCGCUUUGUGUGCACUCAGCAGUGCCCCUUCCCCCACGUGGUGCGGGCUGGGGCCAUCUUCGUGCCCAUCCACCUGGUGAAAGAGCGGCUCUUCCCAAGGCUGCCACCUGCUUCUGUGGACCAUGUGCUGCAGGAGCAUCGUGUGGAGCUUCGGCCCACCACACUAUCGGAGGAGCGGGCGCUGCGGGAACGAGCCCUGCGUGGCUGCACCUCACGCAUGCUGAAGUUGCUGGCGCUGCGCCAGCUGCCUGACAUCUAUCCUGACCUGCUGGGCCUGCAGUGGCAUGACUGCAUACGCCGCCAGCUGGGUGACUUUGACACUGAGGCUAGAUCUGUGUCCUCAGAACCCAUCAUGGACAGAGAUAAGCCGGAGAGCCUAGCCUUGGCUCAGAAGUCACCUGUCCCCAAGGCCAAGAAGUCUGGGAAGAAGCCACCAACCCCUCACCCAGAGAAAACAGAGGCAACUGCUACGAGAGGGUCCUGCAGUGCCUCGCCUGUCCCUGCUGCCAGCACCAGCCCACCCAGCCCGAUGCUGAGGGCCCGCUUUCGCAGCCUGCUGGAAACUGCUUGGCUCAAUGGCCUGGCACUGCCCACUUGGGGCCACAAGGCCUCAGGACCAGCCCAGCCUGCGCCCCGCCCACAACUGUUGGGUGGCCAGAGCCAUCACCUGUAGUGCUGAUGACUGGUGCUGUUUGGACAGCCACUGCCUAUGGAUCACUCUUUUUACCCCCGCUUCCACUGGCCCAGCUGCCCAGGGCCAGGAGUGGGCAUGCCCUUGGAGUUCUUCCAGCUCUCACCCUAUCCUCCUUCCCCAGGGCCUUUAUUAGAUAGGACUACUUCCUAUUUCUUCCUUAGAGAAGAGGCUUUGGAGCCCAACCAGCCUGGGCUUGGAUCCUGGCUCCUGUGUUCCUUGCUGUGUAACCAGGCAAGUCACUUCCUCUCUUGAGCCCUCAGUUCCCCAUUCGUAAAACAGGACAACGCAGCCUACCUCACAGGGUUGUUGUGGGGAUGAUGCCUGACACACACCCAUUAUGGUUUGCUCUCUACUCCCUCCCCAGGACAGGGGCCCAGAUCCCAGGUGGAACCUUUCUCCAGAAAGUCUUUAUGUCAUAGAACUUGAUUAUCUUGGAGUGGUACAGUGUACAGUUUAUAUAACUCCCAUACUUUUAAAGUCAUCCCCCAGAAAAGCCUGGGGCUAUAGCCCCAGUGUUCGGGGUUAGGCCUUGAAUCCCAGUCUAGCUCCCUAAGGGAGCCUGCCCCGCAGAGGUGCAGGGAUACAGCAUGGGGCUGGCAGCCUUUUCUAGGCCUGCUGCUGUCACCCCUGGAAGGUCCAAGGCCUGUGCUAAAUUGACACCAGUGACUUCUCUGAGCUGCCAACCCUACUUGGUGCAUUAUCCCAAGAAAGUUUUGUGUUUCCUAGAAGCCAAGCAGCUACAGGGACUAGAAGGGACAGACUGAGUGACCAAAGUCUCUGAAGAUAUGGACUGAGGACCUUGGAGCUCACCAAGCUGGGGUCCCAUCAGCCAGGCCUGCUGUGGGUUACCUCCUUGCAGUGCGAAGCUGGGCCCUUGGCUAGUUAUGGUUUAUAAUAAAGCUGUGGGCCCUGGAGGCAGCCCAUUAAAAAUUAAAGCAUUUGAGUUGUUUCUGGA